ACGAUUUUCAUAAAUAAGUUCGCGCGCCAACCAGUGCUUCUAUGUGAAACAGGGAUAUAAAGGAUUCGAAGCGCAGGGUUUUGCAGGUGAAUUCAGUGCCAAAGGAGUGUCACGGAGAGAACGUCGCUGGUGUAUCAAUAAAGGAUAUUAGGUUGGCCAUCGAUACGAUCUCGAGUUCGAUAACUGGAAGGAUCCUCGGCAAACGGUGUCUGCAUACACUCAGUGGUUGUGUUGUGGUGCUUGCUGCAAGCAGUUCAAUUAUUGAAAUCAGGGUUCGAAUCGUACGGAACAACAAUGUUGCGCUUCGGAGGGUUAAAGUACAAGAAGCUGAACAACGCCAGCGCGUUCUGUGGAGACGAGUGUGAUGCUGGUAGUGGUGGAGAUUGUGCUUCAACACCUAGCAAAACCAGUAAGCGAGAAGGACACAGCGGCCGGUGUACUACGCCAGGACAGCAGCAGCAGCAGCAACAACGGGUGCACAAUCAGUUGAAUGGAUCCGCCAUGAAAAAUGUUAACACUUCGCACAAUGGCACAGCGAUCGGUGGCAAACGACCAAAGAACAAUCUGCUCCUGGUGGUGGGUGGUCUAUCGGGCAAAUCGUUCCACGACGGUGGUGCCCCCUCUCACACGACCUCUCAACCAACGUCGCCUUCCUCGAACUUUAAGCUGCUCAGCGGAAAGUUUUCGCUCGACAGUAAACGCAAGAGCAACUGCAAAACGCGAAUCUACAAGUGCAUCAAGCGUAUCCUGAAGCGAAACACCUUCGGCAGCAAGGAGCAUCAUCGAGGAACGGCUGCGGUGACCGCCGUUGCGUUGCCGAUUCAUUCCAACCGCCAACUAGUGCCAUUGCAGCUGCGAGGAUCGAAUCCGGAUUACCGGGAGAUCAAAACGUUGCUGGAGAAACAACACCGAAAGCCCGAGUACGACGUGAAUCUGGCGAAGUGCGUCGAGAAGCCCGCAUUUAUAAAAAAAAUUGCCCUAAAUCUGCUGCAAUCGGCCGUGGUAGAAGGCGGCACCGAGGACAGUACCCUCGUGUUGCAGCGAGAGCACGAGUCCUCGGUAACCGGUGCCAUUCAGACGGAUGUGGAGCGCGAACGCGAAUACCAGCGGCUGCUCGGCGAGUGCUGGUACCACGAGAACCUGCCACGAAAUCUGUCGCUAGAGCUGCUCACCGAUAAGCAACCAGGACAUUUCCUGGUACGGAAGAGUACCACGCAACCGGAUUGUUACGCACUGUCGUUGCGAGUACCACCAGGAACCGGGACACGCAUCGCACACUAUCUCAUCGUUCGUACGGCCACCGAUGGAUACAAGAUCAAGGGUUUCCAGAAGGAGUUUAGCUCGCUGAGAGGCCUGAUCGUGCACCAUUCCGUGAUGCCGGAAGCUCUGCCCAUUCCGCUAGCCGUCCCGCGGCCCUCCGAUCUGGUGGUAAAGACCAAGUUCGAAGACGACUACGAGACCGUAUUCGAUCUGACGAACUCUAUCAAGAACUAGCGAUUUAGAAUAGCGCGCGCGAGAGAGAGAGAGAGAGAGAGAGAGAGAGAGAGAGAGAGAGAGAGAGAGCGAAAGAGAAAGAGUGACGUGGGAGCAACGAUUACCAAACUCUAGCCUUAGUAUUCUGUAUCUGCCACAAUUUGUUAUUCCCGAGAUCUUUCGUUUUUUCCAUCAUUUUUUGUGUAUAAUUAUGAGAUGAGAAAUAAAUUAUUCAACCAAAC